AUGAAGUUGGCCCUGCUGCUCCUUGUCACCCUGGCUGCGGCCACUGUGCCAGCCCAAGCUCUCCGCUGUCACGUGUUCUCCAGUGCCACCAACUGUAAGAAGCCUCAGAGCUGCCCAGUCAACUCUCGCUACUGCAGGACCCUAACUAAGGUGGAGCCUCUGUCAGGGGACCUGGUGGCAAAGGACUGAGUGGAAUUGUGCGUGCCCACCUACAACCUGCCCAGCCAGGUCAGCAGUGGCACAGGGGCCACCCUGUGCUGCCAGGGUGACCUGUGCAAUGACAGACUGCUGAGCCCCACUCACCAGCACCACCCUGGACCUGCUGCUGGCUCUGGGCCUCCUUGCCUUCAUCUUGGCCCCUAG